ACGAAAUUAAACUUAAAACAUUAUAUUUUAGUUAGAAACUUAAACAUUUUUAUUUAUUUAAUUAAUUCUUAAAAAUUAUAAACUCCAAAUUAAUAUGCACUUAAAGAAGUAACAGUGUAUUUAUUUUAAUGCGUUAGUAUUAAAUUUGCCAUGACAGGUUUUUAUUAUUUUGUAAUCGUCGGUCAUGGCGACAAUCCCAUAUUUGAAAUGGAAUUCAUGUCCAGCAAAGAAGUAAAAAAAGAAGACCACAGCCAUUUAAACCAGUUCAUAGCCCAUGCUGCCUUAGAUCUGGUUGAUGAAUUAAUGUGGAAGUCUACAUCUAUGUAUUUGAAAACUGUAGACCGAUUUAAUCAUUGGACGGUGUCAGCUUUUGUUACAGCCAGUCGAAUGAGAUUUAUUAUGGUACACGACUCUAAAAAUGAUGAGGGCAUAAAAAAUUUCUUCACUGAAGUAUAUGAAAUGUUUAUAAAGUAUGUAAUGAAUCCAUUCUAUAAGCUAAACAUGCCAAUCAAAUGUGGAUCAUUCGACAAAAAAGUACAGUUCUAUGGUCGUAAAUAUUUAGUCAACUAGUAUUUUAUAACAGAUACAUUUAUAAUUGUGAUCUUUUUAUUUUCAUGUCAAAAUAUAAACUAAUUUAUUCUUUAUUA